AUGGCAUCCGAGGCUGUAGCUACCGGUAGCUCUGGUGAGGGUCUCACCCCCGCCCAGAAGCUCAUGGAGCAACACAACCAUCAUGUCACCGUGGAGGACGUUGUCGACGAAGAGGAUCUCGCCCAUCCUCCGCCGUCUGCCGCCCUCAAAUCUGAUGCCGCCGAUGGCGCUUCUGCCGCUGCUCCCCUGAGCGAGAAGGCUGCUGGCAAGCAAAAGGCCGCCGACCACCCCGCGCCUAGCAAGAAGGCCUCUGGGCUCAACACCGCAUCCGAGGAAGCUUUCCCAGCUCUCGGCCCCGUCAAGCCCCGCGCUCAAGCUGUUGCACCCACUUGGGGCAAGAAGCCUGCCUCGCUCGCUGCGAAUGGGGCCAACGGCAGCGGUCCGGCUUCGCGUGCCUCAACCCCGGCCUCUGGAACAGCUACCCCUGCAUCUAUUCCCACCUCGCGUGGACCCGCCCUGCCGAGCAUGGCUCUUCCCGGCAAACAUAAAGAGCAGAUUGCAUUCCUCACCUCUGACCUCAAGCCGCUGAAGGAGCUAAAGAAGCCUAUCCCCCAGAUCAUCCACGACAUUAACAAGCGUUCCAAGGCGAGGCUCGAGCGCAAGGAGUCUCCAAACGGCGUCAUCUUCGAAGCUACUGGUCCUGCGCCUGCUGUUCGACAGUCCUUGCUGGAGAUUGCCAAUGAGGUGCUCGCCAAGCAAUCCGUCAAGCUCUCAGUCCCUGCAUCGGUUCGUCCUUUCAUCAUCGGUCGUGGCGGCGACAAGAUCAAGGAAAUAAGUAGUCGAUCUGGUGCACGCGUUCAGAUCCCCAAACAAGACGUCCAAGACGAAGAUGACGAAGUCGACGUGAUCAUUGAGGGCAACGCUCUUACGGCCGGAAUUGCACGCCAGGAGAUUAUGGCCAUCGUGAAGGAGCGUACCUCUACUGUGAACCUACGACUCAAGGACAUCCCGGCCGAAUACUAUCCCUUCCUCGCUGGGCCUCGUAACGCCCAUGUUGAGAAUCUCCAGGGGAACCGUGAUGUUCGCGUUCAGAUUCCGCAUUACUAUACCUGGGAUAAUCAGGCCCCUGCUCAGGCACCCAGCAACUUCAUCCCACAAGCCAAGUACCCUAUUCAGAUAUCUGGUGAUCGGGAGGCCGCACAGCAGAUUCAGGCUGAGCUUCAGCGCCGCGUGGAGCAGUUGCGCAAUCAGCUCGCUAUCGAACGUCAAAACGUAGAACGCGGUCGCCACCAGUUCAUUGCCGGUGAGCGUGGAUAUUCGCUACAUGACUUCCUCGAAGAAACCGGCUGUACCAUCAUCGUACCCCCGAGCACUGACCCGAGCGAGGACAUCUACGUUGUCGGACCCAGCGACAAGAUUAAAGCUGGUAUGGAUAAACUUGACGAGAUUGCGUACAGCAUGCAAUCCGCAAUGGCUGACAGCACCCGCGAACACCGUGGACCAAAUGCUCAAACGCACGCCCGCAAUUUAACCCGCUAUCUUCAGGAACGCGAGCUCAUCAAGGAGCUCGAGCGUGCACAUAACACGAGUAUCGUUGCCCCAAUGGAGCGAGACGGACCGACUGCAUGGGAGAUCUACGGCAAAGAGGCCAAGGACACUCAGAAGGCGCGUAGCGACAUCAUGAGUAUCUUUGCCGGUCACCCACCGUCGCGAUUUUCGACGGUGAACGUAGACCCGUUUUAUCACCAACACCUACGAGCGCGAAAUGCACAGCAUGUGCGCGACAACAUGGGUGUGCAUAUUGUCUUCCCAGUUGAAACAGAUGAGUCGCCUGAGCUCGUCCUUGUUUACGAGGGUCCCACUCCCCAAGCCGAAUAUGUCGUCCCUCGUGGUGCACCACCCUCUGCUGAUGUACAAGCGUAUCAAAAGGCGCUGCGAGAGGCUCAGGCUUUCAUCCAAGGUUUAACAAGCAAGCAGCAAGAACUUGCUUCUCGAGAUAUCGAGGCGCAUGCCAAAUUCCACCCAAAAAUUCAGCGCUUCGUCGAAAAAGAGCAGCAAGGUCUCAGCCAAGAUCAGAUUCCCAUUCAGCUGCUCUUCGGCGACCGUCGCCCCAAUGCUAGCGCUUCGAGCAACAACUUCGGCAUGCGUGGACCUGUUGAUGCACUCGAGGACCUGCAUUCCAAGGUCCUUGCUUUCAUCGAGCAGGAGAAGAAGGAUGAGCUUGAGCGCGGGUACACAAUUUCCUUUGACUUCCCACAGAAAUAUGCCAACUUCCUCAUUGGCAAGGGCGGCGAGAACAUUCGGAAAUUGCGAGAAGAAUUCGACGUGGACAUCCAAGUCAACGAUGGGAAGGUUGAGCUCAAGGGUCCCCAGGCCAAAGCCCACGCCUGUAAAGCCCAUAUUGAAGCCCUUGGAAAACGCCUUGCGGAUGAGGCUACUCAUACUCUAAAGGUCAAGCCUCAGUACCAUCGCGAUUUGAUUGGUGCUAAGGGAAGUACUGUGAACCGUUUGCAAGAGCGCUACAACGUCCGCAUCAACUUCCCCCGAUCCAGUGGAAAGGCCGAUGACGAGGCUGCUGGUGAGGGUGCAUCGCAGCGCAAUUUCCGCGCUCAGGCUCCUGACGAGGUCAUUGUUCGCGGUCCACGCAAGGGCGCAGAUGAGGCUCGUGACGAAAUCCUUAGCCUGUUGCAGUAUGCCAUCGACAACUCCCACGCCGAUAGUGUUUUCGUUGCACAGAGUCAAGUUCCUCAAUUAAUUGGUUCGGGUGGCCGAGAGAUGGAGAAUCUCCGAUAUGCAACUGGAUGUCAAAUCGAUGUCCCUGGCGCUCGUGAAGGUGCUGAUCCUUCUGGUCGCGCUGAGAUCAAGCUCAAGGGUACCAAGAAGCAAGUCGAGGAGGCCAAGAAGUUGUUGCAGGAGCGUGCGAAGGUUUUCGAUGACACCAUCGUGAAGACCCUCGAUGUGGAUAGGAAGCAUCACCGAUCCCUCAUCGGCGGAAGCGGUUCCAAUAUUCGCUCAAUCGUUAUCGCUGCCGGCGGGCCUGACAACUCACGCGAGUUGGCGCGCAUGGUUCGAUUCCCGCGCCCCGAGACAGAUGAAUCUGUGAUCCGUGUUGAGGGACCCAAGAAUGUAGUGGAAAAGAUUGUGGCCUCAUUGCAGGCUCAAGUGGACACUCUGGAGAAGCAAGUAAUCGAAAUAGUGGAGAUCUCACCCGACAAACAUAGACUACUAAUUGGUCGCGGCGGUGAGACUCGUCGAUCUCUGGAAGAGAAGUUCGCCAUCCAGCUUGACGUCCCCAAGCAAUCGACCAACGGUGCCGCACGGUCGCAGGUGAAGAUCUCUGGAGAGCCGGCCCAGGUGCAGCAGGCCAAGGAACAUAUUCUUGACUUGGUCAAGGGCCAGGAAGGCGAGACUAUACAGGUGCCGCGCCACCUGCAUCAUUCUAUCUCCGACAACGGCCAAUUUUUCCGCCGUCUCCGUAAUGAGCACAAGGUGACAGUCGACCAUGCCGGCCAGCAGGUACCAGCUAGGCCGACUCAAGAGCAAGGCGGCAAGGCUCGAAAGGGUGCGAACGGCGAUCUGCCUCUCAUCACCGAUGAUACCACCGCCGGAGCGGACGCACACUCCUGGGAAAUUGUAGAGCACAAUCCCGCCGCUGGAGAAGUCGACACAUCUGCCACCAUUCCUUGGAUCCUUCGUGGACCUGCUGACAACCUCCCCAAGGCCCGCCAGGUGCUGGAGAAGGCUAUCGAGGCUGCAUCGAAGCCUUCUGCUCACGGUUACCUGAUCCUUCCGGACCCGCGCAGCUAUAGGCUCGUUGUUGGCCCUGGCGGUAGCACAAUCAACAGCAUCCGCAAGAAGACUGGCACGAAGGUACAGGUACCGCGCGACCAAGCUAAGGAUGAGGCUAUUGAGAUUGUGGGCUCUAAGCAGGGAUGUGAGGACGCCAGGGACAUGAUCUUGGAAAUAGUGUCUCGCGGGGGGAAUGGUGGUCAGAAAUAG